GGCCCGCCUCCGACGCGGCCGUAACCUAGGGCAACAGUCCGGCUCUUGUGGGCCGCGACUAGCCGCUCCGGACCUUCCUUGCCUCGCGGCCCCGUAGGAGCGUCUGAGUGGCUGUGGCCACGUCCUCACCCCGGGGAACACUCCCUAGACACUUCACGGGCGGCAGAGCCGCGGAAGGAAGCAACCUUCAGGGUGGCCCAUUCUAGAAGAAAUGCAUGGGCUUGUAAGCCAGGCAGCCUAACCUGAAAAUGGUAAGCUUCAGGCUCUCUGAGAAACUGUCUCAAGGGACUAAGCAGGAAGAAGAUGUUAAAAACCAUAAGCAAUCACCCUAGUAAUGGAUGUCUGUGAGGAAAGCGAGACUUUUUUAGAAAAUACAGAAAAUCAGAAAAUUGAAGCUACGGAAGAGACGGCACCGACUUUACAAUGUCCGGACGAGAAAAGUGAAAGGAGUCAUGUCUUCUGCCUUCUUGGUGUCAGCGACCUCACACUGGAGGAGGAUGGGAGGGCCAUCGAGUGUGCCAUCAGCACCGGGUGGGAGGAAGCUGUCCAUGGCUGGGGAAGGACCUCACCAACUGCCUGCAUCUGGUCAAAGAAGAAAGUAAAAAGGGGGAGGGUCAGAGAAGGCACCAAUGGUGGCAACGAUUGCUUGUUCUGUAUGAGUCUUUCCCAAGGGAGUCUGGAGCCCAGGUCCCUCUUGGAGGUUGGAAAACUGGAGGUGGGUGCUGAGGCCGAAGUGAGCGCCCAGAAGAGCUGGAGCUCUGAGAAGAACUGGAGCGUCCCCUCCCAGGGCCCUGGCACUGCUUCCAGAGAGCAGCCUAACAAACUCUGCAUUCCCACUGACGUGCAUGGAGAAAAAAAAAGCCUGCAACUCAAGGAGUUUAUCUGGUGCAUGGAGGAGUGGCCUAUGCCCGAGACAGUUAGCAGCAAGGCCAGCAGGAACCCCAGCGGAAACACCGAGCAAGGGCUCUCCACCCCUGACUCCCUUGCAUCCAAGGCUCUUGUGGUUCUACCCCCGCUGAAAAGCUCUCCCCACAACUUGGACGUCCUGAGUAAGAAAAGCAGGAAUAUUUUCUGGCAGCCGGAAGAAAAGGUGCUGAGGGUAGAAAAAGACGAGUGUAUGGCUUGUGCAGAUGGACUGAAAGUAGUAGACGGGAAAGGUGAAAAGAGACAAUUUGAGCUGGCCAGCCACCUGAAGGUCACCAACGUACUGCCUUUCCCACCCACUGUGUCCCGGACCCACCUGCUGCCAGCCGAGUCCCAAAGGUGCUGCCUGCACUGGUCCCUCCUGCCCCAGAAAAGCUCUGUGUUCCCACCUAACCCCACAGACAUCCACUACCUUGCCACCCUGCAGGUUUUGGGGCAACAGGGAAAGCAAAGCUGCAGAACUAGGCUCAAAGCCAAGGACACAAAACCUCCCAGGACCACUCCCAAGCAUAUUAUCACAGAGGCCAAGCAGCAAAACAGGCCCCACGUCCUAGAGAGCAAAGUCUUCCCCAAACCUCUCUUGCCAUCCCUCACAGUGAGCAGAGUUGUCAUCCCCGUCUCCACCCACAGAGUCCUCUGAUUUGCCACAAUAUAAUUCCCUGGGACUGAGUGCUGCCUGAAACUCAUUUGUCCCUUCCUGUCUUACCUUCUCCUCAAUCAAACCUCCCUUCCCCUCCCCUCCCAUCCCCUCUCCUCUGCUCCCCAUCUUCUCCACUCCUCACCCCAUCCUUUAUCCUCCCCCCCUUUUUUUAGUGGGUUUGGAUUCAUUCUCAAAAACAGUAUAUUCAGGUAGGCAGGUGUGGUGACACACCUAUAUUUCUAGCAUUUGGGAGACUGGAGCAGGAGGAUGCCAAAUUCAAGGCCAGCCUGGACUAUACAAGACACUGUAUGCAUGUUACCUGCUUCUGCUGCUAAGCCAUUUAUGAACUCUAAGGUGGGUCAGCCUGUGUCUGCCUUCUUGGACAGUGGCUCCUGUGGAGGGAGGCAGAGCAUCAGAAAGGCACAUGGCUGCUCUCACCCCAGUCCCAGAGCCUCCCUACAGGGCUUCUGCUCCCAGCAGAGCCCCAGCUGAGUGCAUGCUCAGCUUAGAGAGGCACCGGCUUGUAUUUGAAUCAGGCUUUCCUUUCCCUCAACAAUGAUUUAAGACACUUGAGGGAUGGAAAGUCCCAGCUGUUUCCAAGUGGAUAUGCCAGUGUCCGAGGUGCCAUAUCUUUGUCUUGCAUCCAGAGACCUUGUCCAGUACCUCCCCUGCCUAGGGUGUCACAUCUUCAUAUUGCAGCCUUAAGCAUCUCUUUGAAGACUGGAAGGCUUAGUCACAGAGUAACAAAAGCCUGAAGAGGAAGUUAGGAAUUGGUUGGUCGGGAGAACCCCUCACUGAUUGCUCCAACCUCACCUCCCUUCCUUCCUCAGCCUUCGCUUGCCUCUGGGAAGCCUGGGCUGUAGACACAGAGGGAACGCUGUUGUUACUUUAUCCCUGCCUUCUCCCCGCCCUCAGCUUGUUACACCAGUGUGUAGCUCCGUACAUUACCAGUGCUGUUGCUAGGUGGACAGAUGCUUCAACCAUUUUGUGGUAAUUAGUAAUCAUUAAAUUGCUUUGUAAUAGCUUAGUUUGAAUUGCUUAGAGUAGGCUGUAUUUGAACUCAGAUUUCCCCAUCUCCUUGAUGAUGACAGAAUAUGACUGUAUUCUCUUGCUUUAAGUUUAAGUUUAGCAUUGCUCUCUAACAUCUCAUCUGUUAGCCAGAGGCUUUUUGGUUUGUUUUAUUUUCAUUUUUUCUGGUGUCUUGGUUUCCUCUAACUCAUACUGGCCUGGAGGUAUCUUUGAACCGUUCCUCCUGCCUCAGCCUUCCAAGGGCUUAGAUUAUAGGCACGUGCCAAUGUCUAGCCUUCUGAAAAACAAAAACUAAACUGCUAGCCAGGAAUGGUUGUAUAAGCCUGCAGAAAACACACAGAAAAACAAAACAAAGCCAAAGUACGAAGGUAAAGGAGCGAAAGGUCACAGCACAGGGUCAGAAGAGGAUGCGCUGGCUGGGGCAGCUCGAGAAGAGUUUGGUAGAGUCCUUUUGUCCACUCUUCCUCUUCCAAAUAAACCACCUGGAUUCUAUCCCAAAGAGAAA